UGCCCCGACCCGCGCUGCCGCCGCCCGGCCCGGCGCGCACCUCCUUCUCCCGGGGUGACCGGCCUGCUGCCGCCGCCGGAGACACAGCUUGGCACCCCUUCCCCCGCCCUCGCCGCCGCCACCACACACACACGCACGCUUCGCUCCAUCUUGUGAUUCCUUUUUUUCCUCCUGAACCCUCCAGUGGGGGUGCGAGUUUGUCUUUAUUCCCCCCACUCUAUCGCCUUUUCUUCUCGCUCUCCUCCCCCUCCUCGGCUUGGUGUGCGCCUCUUUUCUGGCCCCUCUUCAUUUUUAUUUAUUCAUAUUUAUUUGGCUGCUGCUCCCUCGCUCUCUCUCUCCCCUUUCCUCACUUCCUCCCUCCCUCUGGAUCCCUGCUCUCUCCCCGGAGUGGCGCGUCGGGGGCUCCGCCGCUGGCCAGGCGUGAUGUUGCACGUGGAGAUGUUGACGCUGAUGUUUCUCGUGCUCUGGAUGUGUGUGUUCAGCCAGGACCCGGGCUCCAAGGUGGUCGCCGACCGCUACGCCGUCUACUGGAACAGCAGCAACCCCAGAUUCCAGAGGGGUGACUACCACAUUGACGUCUGUAUCAAUGACUACCUGGAUGUGUUCUGCCCUCACUAUGAGGACUCUGUCCCAGAAGAUAAGACUGAGCGUUAUGUCCUCUACAUGGUGAACUUUGAUGGCUACAGUGCCUGCGACCAUACUUCCAAAGGGUUCAAGAGAUGGGAAUGUAACCGGCCUCACUCUCCCAAUGGACCACUGAAGUUCUCUGAAAAAUUCCAGCUCUUCACACCCUUUUCCCUAGGAUUUGAAUUCAGGCCAGGCCGGGAAUAUUUCUACAUCUCCUCUGCAAUCCCAGAUAAUGGACGACGGUCCUGUUUAAAGCUCAAAGUCUUUGUGAGACCAACAAAUAGCUGUAUGAAAACUAUAGGUGUUCAUGAUCGUGUUUUCGAUGUUAACGACAAAGUAGAAAAUUCAUUAGAACCAGCAGAUGACACCGUACAUGAGUCAGCCGAGCCAUCCCGCGGCGAGAACGCGGCACAAACACCAAGGAUACCCAGCCGCCUUUUGGCAAUCCUACUGUUCCUCCUGGCGAUGCUUUUGACAUUAUAGCACAGCCUCCUCCCAUCACCUGUCACAGAAAACAUCAGGGUCUUGGAACACCAGAGAUCCACCUAAACUGCUCAUCCUAAGAAGGGACUUGUGAUUGGUUUUUUUGGCAGAUGUCAGAUUUUUGUUCUUUCUUUCAGCCUGAAUUCUUAGCAACAACUUGGGGCCAGGGGGGGACUAAAGUAGUUGCUGCCUCCCUCCCCCACCCCACCCCACCCCCUGCCCUGGCCCCUGACUUCCCUCACCCUUUCCGAAUUAAAUGGACUCCAGAUGAACAUGCCAAAUUGUGGUAGUGACACCAGUGGUCGUCAGCUCCUGUGCAUUCUCCUCCAAGAGCUCACCUCCGCUAGCGCACUGUCAGCGUCUAUGGACAAGGAAGGAUAGUGGCAGAUGCAGCCAGUGAUGGCAAGGCCCAGGAGGGUUUUACUCUCCCAUACAAUAUUUAUGCCUUCUUCAUUCAGGACUGUAAGAUGAUCGUGCAGGGCAUCAUGUCACCAUGUCAAGUCCAGAGGGGAGGUAUUAAGAAUAGCGAUAAUAUUACACCAUUUCCUCUAGGAGUGUAUAAAUGAACAGGCUUCGAAAAGGUUGAGACACUGGCUUUUUUUGAAAAAAAGAUGACUGUCUUAAAGCAUCCUUGACAGCAAAACUUGUGCUCCGUAAAAGAAGCCUUUUUGUCUAAGAGGCAGGUUGGGUGCUGGAAUGCUAGCACAGAGCAAGUGUGAAAACAGAAAACUAGGUUUGUGGGGAUAUAUGUACGUAUGAGUGCCUCUCAUUUUUUUUUUCUUUUUUUUUUUUUUUGGUGACGGGGCAGUACACACCAGAUGUUUUUUUCCUCUGAAUACUGAUCACCAUGGUGCUACAACUUUUCUUUUUCUUUUUUUUUUUUAAGAAACAAAAAGAGGCAUUUUUAUGAAUAAAGUGACCUUCCCCGAGGCUGACAAGCCAGGGUUGACGAGUAUAUAUGAAAUAGCUUUGGAUACUCCUCUGGGGGACAGUGUGUACCAAGGAAAGGAUGUCAGUGGCCAGAGGAGAUGUAAUUUGGCUUUGCUGGAGCGCCAGUGUGCUGUGGCCUUUCCCCGACUCCCACCCUAGUACCCACAUUUUGCUCCACAUCCCACGACUACAGGGGCUCAGACACAAACCCCUGUCCCCCGGAGAGUUGGUCAGUACUACUUGGGAGGGAUAAAGGGAAUUUUGGAAUAAAAAUUCCAAAGUUUGGAAUGAAAAAAAUUCAAGAGUUGAUUUUAUAUUCUUUCCCUUUCUGACACAGCCUGAAGCAUAGGGGGAACAUGUGUUUAUCUGUGGGAGAUAAACAAGAUGGAGUCCCAAAGACUUUAACAAAAUAUUUUUUUAAAAAUCCACUAGAAUAGAAAAUACAUUAUUUAGAUAUACUUUAUGCUGAGAGUGAGUAUAUAUGCUUGUCCUAUUUAAACUUGUGAGAAAAAGUGGUAUCCCUUGAUACAUUUAGAAAUAUGGGGGCUAUCUUGUUUCAUUGUGGGGGUGGGGCAAGAGGAGAGCAAACACAGGAUGACCCUGUUUAAGGAAUCUUAGCAUGGCCAACAGGGAUGUUUCCAGAACAUUACCAGGAGAUGCACGCCUUGGGGGUUUCUACUGGGGAGGCUGUCAUGAACUUUGAACUCCAAAGCCUAGACAGGGAAAAGUGUCAGACAUGUGGAAAAGAAAUCAAGCCUUUUUUUUUUUUUUUUUGCUAUUGCAAGACACAUCAAUAGAAACCAUGCCUUUCAGAACAAAACAUAAAUGCAAUGAUUGUGUGAGAUGUGAGCAACUGGAAGCAUUCCAGCACAAUAAGGAUUUUUUAAUAUAUUUGUUCUUUUUAAAUGUACAUGUUAACAAAAGGGGGGGGGGUCAUAUUAUGGACACACUUCAUGAAUGGGAAUUUGCUAAGAAUUGUGAAUAGGUAUGAAUCAGAGAAAUAUGUGAAUGAAAGGCAGCUGUACAGGCACUGCACCCUGGAGAGUUGUACACAUGUUGAAAUGUAAUCUGGGCUUACCUGAUCCGUUUGGAGUGGAUGUUAAUGCUGGGUCUGUUCGCACUUGGAACCAUGUGAGUCGGGUUGCCAGCCUCGCAGAUACAAUCAGUCCUGUUCCCCCAGACAUCAGGAACUUCUCUGGAGUGGCAGAGUCUUAUCACGGAAGGCAGCCACCAUUUCACUGAAACAACAGUUCACAGCAUUGGAUUCUUUUUUGCAUUAACUCUUUAUAUACUCAGUACUCUCAGUGAUAUCCAGUAAUACUUUUUAUUAAUAGUUACAGGCUUGUUGGUCCAGUGGGAUUUGGGUAGGGGGAAAAAAAGCUACCUUCUAAAACGGAUCAAUAGUCAGAACCAAAAUAAUACUGCAUGUUCUAUAAUCACAAGGAAAUCAAAUGAUCCUGUAAUGAUUCCAGUUAGUCAUAACUACAUUAGCAGUGCUAAUUUCAUUUUAGAAAUGGUGACUUCUGUGGUUUUUCUAGCAUUUGUCUCUAACAAAUGAUAAAAUAAUUACUCAUGGCCCUCUCUGCCAUUGUCUUUCAUUUUCACAGUGAAAUUAGACCCCUUUACUUCACCAUUGUGCCACUACAAAUUAAGUGUAAAAAAAGAAAAAAAGAAAAAAAAAAGCAAGACUAUCCACACCAGUAGACAAUGUGCUUCUCUACCUAUAAGUGACGUACGUAAUUGUAGGUAAUGCUUGCCACGGAAUUUUCAAGAAGAUGAUUGGUAUCAGACAGUUUUCAUCUUGUCUAAAACGUGCUGGUGGCCUUUUGUGAUGGUGUUACAACCCUCAGGGGGCUUAGGAGGAUGUCGAUGCGACUUUGUAGCAGCUUUUAAUUUCAAAAACAAUUCAAAAGUCUGAAGGGCAGCCUUCGCUGCCUCUCAGCCCCAGUUAGUCAAACCCCAGCGACCUUUGCCCCUGGUUGCCAAGGGCUUUGCAACACGAAGCAGGGAAAUAAGGAUCUGUCUGUUUAGUGGAUACCGUGUAUCCUUUAAUAGACCAGGUAAUAGUCCGUGUUAGUUUAGACUAUUGUUUUGUACUGUACUUUCUUGGGUGGCAGAGGAAAGAAAAGUAAAACGUUUAAAAAAAAAAAAACUGCGUUCUUUAAAUUCUGUAUUAUUAGCAACCUCUGUUGUAUAUAGUGUUUGAUAAUAAAGUAUUAAUUUGAUUCUUAUGUCUUUUGUAAGUGAGAACAAUAGCCUUUCAGGAUACAAAACAUGCAUUGAGACUUUGAAACAUCCAAUGUAUAUGCGGCUAAGAAGAGUCACAAAUGGCCGAAACACUGCUCCAUACAGGACUCACGUGUGGUCAUCGCCCUCCCAAAUCUUAAGACUCCACCAUCUGGGGACCUGGAACAACACGACUUUUUUUGAUCGCUAUUUUGUCCUCAAUGUUUUCAAGGUCUGAUGUUGGAGCCCUGUGGUGUAUUAUCCCCCCAGCAUGUUGAUUUGAGAAGGUUUAGGGCAUUUAGUCUCAGUUCUGUACUCUGGAUUUUCUCUUUGUGGUGGUUUUCAUACACUGUUUUCAUUUUCCCCCCCGAGAGUCUCGCCAGUAUCAAGCGCAGCCCACGCAUGGGAAAGGUUGCAGACCAGUUUGUUUGGGAAGGUUAAAUGAGGGUUCUUUCUCUCUCUGUCAUUGUGAAAGGAAGAGUCAUACAGUACCUGUGGACUUUCCAGGACUUCGUUUUUCUCUGGUGCCUUAGCAACGGCAGCAGCCAUUUUAAAUAGUUUUCCCUAAAUUAAAAACAAAACAACAGUUUAAACUCCCUCCCCUCCAUUCAUUGCUCUCAGAGCUAUGAUCACUAGUUUUUCUAGUUUUUUUAGAAACCACCUCCACCACACCCCGGUUUGCCUACACACACCCCCUUUUAUUUCUUUUUCUUUCUUUCUUUCUUUUUUGUGUCUCUUGCCUUCCUCCCAAGUUUUAUUUUCCCUCAGAACCGUGAAUGGGCAGGUCUGUCUCUGGUUUGGCAUCACUGAGUUUUUCCCAUGCAUUUGCCCCAGAGCUGCUCGGAUGUGAGACAAAUCUCCCUACAAUGGGCUUGCUCCCAUUGUCUGUACAGUUUAAUAGAUGCUGGCAUGUUGGAGGUUACCCAUGAGUCAAAAUCCGCUUUCCAUGCUUACUCUUGACACCCCAUUGAAGCCACUCAUUGUGUGUGCGUCUGGGUGUGAAGUCCAGCUCCGUGUGGUCCUGUGCUUGUACUGCCCGCUUUGCAGUUCCUUUGCACUUACUCAUCGAGUGCUGUUUUGAAAUGCUGACAUUAUAUAAACGUAAAAGAAAAUGUUAAAAAAAAAAAAAAACCAACCCACACACAAACAAACCCAUACGAUCUGUAUUUGUAUAUACACGUGUCCGUACAAGUAUACCUAAAUAAAAAUUAAAGAUUUUCAUCAUUUUAA